CCUUUGCUAUAAUAACAUUUAACAGAAUCCCACUGGCUGUCUCUGGCUCCUGUCCAGGGACCUGUCUCUGUGACGCAAGCAGAGACUACUUAAAGGGAGAUUACAGGCAGUAAGACAGUGCAAGCAGCCCUUUCCCCGAGCAGGGACAACUCUGAUCACCAAACAGAUUACACUGAGCACAGGUCACCUCCACACGGUGGCUUCCCCAGGAGAAGGUGAAUAGCCUCCCGCAGAAUCAGGUCUUCGAUGUACAGCGAUGGGAGAAUGGACUAUCUUAGAAAGACUUCUGGAAGCAGCUGUGCAACAGCACAGUACUAUGAUAGGAAGGUAAGCAAGCUCCUAAACUCUGAUACUUUGUAAUGGGUAGAUUUAGCAGCUUAUCACACAAUCUGGAUACAGUCACUUAAGCCUGAACCCCACUUGCACUUAAGGUGGAAUCUGGGCAGUUAGCUCCAGACAGUAUCUAGAACGUGUCUAAUUCAUAUGGAUGAAUGUAGUCUGGAUACUAUGAUGGAUAUGUAUGUGUGGUACUUGCUGUGUAUUUUAUUCUGAAUAAAUCCAUAAUAUAUUCAUUCCAUGAUUAUUAAUGGCUUCACAGAACUUUUAUACUAUAUAAUAAUUAAACAGCUGAUGGCAAAAAAAAACAGCAAAACACAUUUACUAUUAUUGGAAAAAGAAAAUCUGGAGGAAAUACCUAAGCUAACCCUGUGAUACUACACAGCACUUCAUAAUAGAUGCUAGCAAUUUGCAAGGUUUAUGGGAGAGCUGCCAGGAUUGUGUCCCCCCUCCACACACAACCCCCACCACCAUAAACAACAAGCAGAGCUCCUUGAGAACCGAGAUUGAUGACCCUCAUUAGUAUCAGGUGCAUAUACUGCACACAUGUGCCUGGAUACAAUCUGCAUCAGCAAAGCCUUUAUGUGCAAAGUUUAUUCGCUUUGCAGAAUGGAAAGCUCAGAUUCUUUCAGGAACAAAUCCUAAGUGAAUACAUCUAAAUGUGGAUCCAUGACUCAAUGCUGUGCACACUGCUACUAUAGGGGUCUAUUUAAGUAUAUUAUACUGUAAUAGUCAUUAUAGUGACAUAUAAUAUAAAUUAAAUUACCCCCCUACCACCCUAAAAAAAAAAAGAAAUACAUGUUAGUGAAAAUAAGAAAAAUAAAAUAAGAAAAAAAAUAAACAGGACACUUGAGAACUACUGCCUGAAAAAUGCACAAGAAAACCAGAAGUAUGUUUUCGUCUAAAUUCCUUUCACUACCUGAGAAAGCUGCAGUGACCUACAAAUGAUUAGGUUUACAGUUCAAGCCCUGUCUUCCCUGUCACACCUAAUUAUAAUACACCUUCCACACCAGCACUGUGGUUCUGCCUGUGGUAUGGAAUUACCUUGCGUGCACAGGGAACAUAUGCAGAGAAGAUUUCUGAUGCUGUGCAGGAGGCAAAGCGUUCAGAGACACAAGCAAAGAAUAGCUGUCAGUGUGGAUCGCUUGCUGUCUGAGACAAUGUACCAAUUUCUACUCUCACUGUACAUUGGGGAGGUAGGGGGCAAGAGCAGAAAUAUAUCCACUGAUGCGGUUAUAUCCUUUCUUUAAAUUUAAAAAAAAUAAUUAAAAAGAUAUUACCGGUAAUUUAUUGUAGGCCAGGGGAGGGGGUCAAUGUAAAACCAGAAUAUUUAUGCUUAACAAAAUUUUUGUUUCCAGUCAUGUAGCCAUUGCAAACAUGAUGGUUUCAUAGUGUGUGACGAUAUGCCUCCUGUUCAUGUUUCUGCACCAUUAAAUCAAAACCAUGCAGUGCUUUUUCAUGCCAUAUGGCACCUGCUUUAAAAAAAAAAAAAAGGGUCAAAAGUUACUGUAAUUAAAACGCAAAACAAAACUGUAAACUCUGUAAGCAUUUGUUUGUACUUGGCAACUAUAUUAAAAAUAUAUACAUUUUUCAUGAAAUAUCGAUACACAGAUAUUUCAUGAAAAAAAGGAAAAUGAAAUCUCUCAAUUAUGCUGUAUGUAAUUCAGCCAGUGAUCUGCUGGUUCAGAAGAUGUGCUUUGCAAAAUACAGGAGGCAAGGAGAGGUGAGUGCAGUCAUUUAUGCUGAAUGAGACACGAGUUACCUAUAAUUCUUCGGGGAAAAAAAACAUUACAGAGCAAAUGAAGAAACAGUUCCACACCCUGGAACUGCAGAGCUGCUCUCUGGCUCGAAGACAGGAUUACCACACCACCUAAUAAGAAGUGUAUGCAUGUCUCGGGCUCUUAAGUGAAGAAAGAGGGCUCAGAGGAAAUCAGGAAACAAAUAAAACGGGACAAGACAACAUUUAAGCAUCCCGAUUAAUUAAAUAGAAAUGUAAGCACUGCUAACCGAGCUGGCAGUUAAAUGGUUACUGUGUCAGAGACAAGGGUGGCAUAAGGCUUUGCUCACGCUGGGACAUUGCUCGUUGCCGUCAAGUAGAAUAGAUUUUUAACACACCCGAGCAUCUACAUUUGCGGUUCAGCCAUCACUGACUGACCUAAGACCUAAAGGCAAAAAAUUGUCUUGUAAUUAAGUUACUUUUAAUCAAGAGCAUCUGAUAUUCUGAGUGUUUUGUCAGAACUGCAAAUGCGUUCCUAGUCUUCAUUGACUUAUAACCCCCCUAACCCAUACUGAGAAUAAAGCAGUAAUUAAAUACUGAAAGAGUACAGCACUUUAAUUGCACACUUGCUGCUUUUUGACAAGGGGGGGAGGGGGAUAGGGCUGGAUGUGAAGCUGACCAGAGGUUCCCUGCAGGAAAAAUUUCAGCACUGGACAGCUCCUCAAAUACAUCAAUGCAAAAGGACAACCUCGAAAGGAUGUUUGAAAAAGAAAAAAAUAUCCCAGGGCCACUAAUCUUAACACUAUAUAUACACAAAUAUAUAUUCACUAUAUAUAUAUAUAUAUAUAUAUAUAUAUAUAUAUAUAUAUAUAUAUAUAUAUAUAUACACACACACACAUAUCUAUAUAUAUAUAUAAAUAUACACACACAUGUAUACAUUUAUAUAUAAGUGCGUGUGUAUAAAUAUAUUUAUAUAUAUAUAUAUAUACACACACACACAUAUCUAUAUAUAUAUAAAUAUACACACACAUGUAUACAUUUAUAUAUAAGUGUGUGUGUGUAUAUAUAUAUAUAUAUACACAUAUACACACACACACACACAUAUACAUACAUACAUACACACACCACAAACAUAACAAAAGCUGUUAAAGCUAAGUUUUAAUGUUGUAUAAAGAAGUAAACUAGUGAGAACUAAAACACUAACCAAGCUGUGUGGUCAAUUGCCUAAUCUAUCAGCAUAUAUAUAUAUAUAUAUAUAUAUAUAUCCCAGUGAAGGACCACUGCACAGUAAAUUAGCACCACGUGUUACGCAAAAGGUCUCCAUGUCUGAUCUACCACAACUAUUGGCAAAGUUACAUACAGACACUUUCAUUUCAUGUUUUUUUUUUUUUGCUUAAAAUAAAUGUAUGUUUUAAUUUGUAUAUGUCACAUUUUAUAAAUUAUUAAAUUUAGGACUUCUGGUUUCCAAAAAAUUUAAGUAAUAUUGUGUAAAGUUCUGAUGAUUUCUAUCCUAAACUAGCAAGAGGCCCAGACACACGUGCACAUGCUUAUACAGAGGCUUUGAUAUUUCCCUGCACAUAUUAGUCACAGUUUAUUCCUGGUCAUGUUUAGAAGAGUGUGCAUCGAAUGACAAUUUGUUCCAACUUGGGUUACGAUCAAUAAUCCCCUUACCUUUUUCUGCUGACAAUCACACAAUAUUUUCAUUACAUUUUAUGCAGAGCUGACAUUUUUUUUACAGUACAUCCUAAAGAAUCUCUAUGAUAUGAACAUUCUAUUUCAAGGCAAAAAAAAAGUAUUUUUUAAAUAUACUAGGUGAUAAGGAAGGACAGUAUUAUCCCAAGUGAAUUAAUAAUAUGAACAAUUAGCAGAUCUUAAACCCAUGUGUUUUCCUUUCCAUUCUACAUGCCUAACACAUGUCUUUCCUUUUAGGAUUCUACUGACAGUGGUGGUAAUCUUUAGGAUUCUCAUUGUGGCCAUUGUAGGGGAGACUGUUUAUGAUGAUGAGCAGACCAUGUUCGUCUGCAACACUCUCCAGCCAGGAUGCAACCAAGCGUGCUACGACAGGGCUUUCCCAAUUUCUCACAUAAGAUACUGGGUGUUUCAAAUUAUUAUGGUCUGCACACCAAGCCUCUGCUUCAUUACCUAUUCCGUCCACCAGUCUGCCAAGCAAAAAGAGAGAAGAUACUCCACAGUCUUCCUCACUCUGGACAGGGAAGGAGACAACGUAAAACGGGAGGACAGCAAAAAGAUUAAGAACACUCUGGUGAAUGGAGUCCUGCAAAACACAGAAAACUCAACCAAAGAGGCUGAGCCUGACUGCUUAGAAAUCAAAGAAAUACCUAACCCUGCCAUUAGAACCACCAAAUCCAAAAUGAGGCGCCAAGAAGGCAUCUCAAGGUUCUAUAUCAUCCAAGUAGUUUUCAGAAAUGCCCUGGAAAUUGGCUUUCUGGUGGGACAAUAUUUCUUGUAUGGCUUCAAUGUCUCUUCCAUCUACGAGUGUGAUAGGUAUCCUUGUAUCAAAGAGGUGGAAUGCUAUGUUUCCAGGCCAACAGAGAAGACUGUGUUUCUCGUUUUUAUGUUUGCGGUUAGUGGCCUAUGCGUUGUGCUGAAUUUGGCAGAGUUGAACCACUUGGGAUGGAGGAAAAUCAAGACAGCUGUAAGGGGUGUACAAGCCAAAAGGAAAUCCAUCUACGAGAUCAGAAAUAAGGACUUACCCCGAAUGGGUGUACCCAAUUUUGGCAGGACUCAAUCCAGUGACUCAGCCUAUGUGUGAGGAUAUAUAAAAAUUGUAGCAUCUGAGAAUUGGGCCCUUGCAGCAUGACGAGAGGGGGAGGGUGUCUGAUUAAUGGAAUGCCCUUGGACGUGAUUGCCAUUGCAUUGCAGGAAUGAGCUGGCUGGCAAAGUUAAUACCAAUCAGUAGCAGCUGCCAGUAAUUUAAAUUGGCUGAAAUUUCUGGCACCGGUAGCUAUUAUUAAUAAUGUUUGUGAAUAUUAUAUUUGAUACAGGAUACUUUUGUACAACAUUACAACACUGACUACUUUCUUACAGAGCCUCCAUCUCUCCGAGCCAUCAAUUUUGAAGUUACGUGAUUGUAAACACACAACAAAGAGAGAUCGGUGAUUAUAUGGAGGGAUUAACUCCUCCCUUGACUGUUGAAUCAGACAAGUAUGUAGCAACUCAGUAUCAGAGACUACACUCAGACAUGAUGUUGGUAUUUGUGUGCAUUUUGGGGAAACUUGGUCUUAGGGUAGACUCAGGCCACACGUGCUGAAAUAGGGGUUAUACUGCCAAUAAAUAUUUGCUUAAAAAAAAAAAGAAGAAAAAAAAGGUUCAUAAUAAUAAUAAAAGGGUAUGCUAGGCUGAAGGAGUUUCUUCCUCCCCAAGCAGAAAAUAAACUUAGCCUGGUUAUUCCACAAGGCUGAUUUACCCAAAGGCUCUAAGAUAAUUGCCUGCUUGGUAAAACAGCUUAACAAAAUAAUACUGCAAGUUACUUUUUGUAACAUCAAGGAAAGAAUCCCAGAAUAUUAUGUCCCAGAUUCUCAAAUACCCCCAUAUUAUAAGAACAACUGCACUAAAGUACACAUCAAUACUUCUAAACGCCAAUCUGAGUAUUAAACAGGAAAGGGAUCCAUCUGCAUCCCACAAAUACCGUAGGAUUAUAAUAGUAAAUAAGGCAUAAUAGCGACAGAUAAACUAUAGGCUCCUAAUGCAUGAUUUUAUUUUAUACUUCUCUCUACAUGUACUUUCAUGUCUUAAAAGAUGGAAAAUCAUUUCUUUUUUUUUCCCUUUGACAGAAGACUGAUUUUACGCAAAGCAUACGAGAUUGGCGCAACCAGUGCAAAACUAUACUUUUGAACAUCCCUUUAACUCCACCUGCUGUUUAACCUCCCCGACAGUCGCUCAUAAAAGCCAGCAGAAACCUUUAUUGCACUGAUGUAAAGAGAUCCAAUCAAGCCCUAAUGGCAAUUUGGUGGUCACUCUUCACUGACCUUGACAUGCCUUGUUUAAAGUCUUCUGCUUCUUCCCUCCACAUGACUUGUGCUGAGGCUUAACGAUUUCUAGAGGCAUUCUUCUUGUAGAAACCCUCACAGAAUCAGCAAGAGAGACAAGAAUAUGUCAACAUUCCUUGCAAAAGGAAACAGUGUGAUGACCUACUUAUCAAGCAAUGGCCAAAUCAGGAUUUUUUAAAAUUUAUUUAACACUUUCUUUAUGGUCAGUGUAAUUUUGAAUAAGAACAUUAGAAAGGAAAAUUUUCCUGUUAGCAUGCUAUCUGUUUUCUGCAUGGCUGAUGUAUGCUGCGAAUGCAUUUAGCUUAAUUAAAUUUAGCCUGGUGAUUAAAUGCUGAGCUGUGCAUUUGGAACGUCCCUAAAAUCGUACAGUGCUACUGAAAACAAGAGUAGAUCUGCAGGAUAUGCAGGGUAGCGGACAAGGGUUGCUUGAUAUAGACACUUGAAGCCAUGGUUUUUACAAAGGGCUAGAGAAGGAGGCACAAGAGGCAGCUUUUAAUGGACAAAGAGUUUAACGGAUUGAUAUCAAACUACCGGCAGAGAAUGCUGGUGUAAAGUGAUAGGUUAGUGCGAGAAUAGGAAUUUUUUUUUUUUUAAAAGCUACUUCAAACAUGUAGUCAGGGAAAUGAAGACUGAAUAACCUAUUCAUAAAAAGUCACAAAUAUCAGCAUCCCCCAUUUGAUCAUUCACUAUUUACAAUCCAUAUGAGUCCAUAGGGUAUAGGGUCUAUAAACCAAACGUUCACUGUGCAGAAAGGGGGAAAAACCAUGUACAUGAUGCUACCACCAAGUUGACCAAAAUAAAAUUCCGGGGUACUUUCUUUGGGAGAAUACUUGGUGCUGUUUUUUAACACUCUGCUUCAUAACUUUUCUAGUGGAAUCACAGAUAAAAAAUUAAUAAUAUAAAAUAUACUUUUGUCUCUGAUUAUGCAUCGCACACAUGCUUAAUGUGACUGGUGCAUCGUGACAAGGUUGUGAGCGACGCAGGGAUUCAUUGGGUACAGAGAUUAUGUAUUACGAGCGUAGCAAUAGCUUUGUGUUUCUACGUAAAUAAGUAUUUAAACUUGGAUGGGACUCUAGACCCAGCAAGUGAGUUCACAGAUUAAGAGCUACUAUUCAGAAUCGUAAUCUAGAGAUUCACCUUAGCUUCUCUCUGUCCAGAGGGAAAAAGCAAGACAUUUAACUGCAAUUCCUUGCCUGGUCCCAUGGCAUCACAGAUAAUAAGAGGGAUUUGGUGGGUGAUCUCUCUUUCAGGUCAAUCUGUGGAUACUCCACGUAUGCUACUGAGAAUAUAAUCGCUUGUAUGUACCAGAGACCUUAAUUUUUCAGUGCACCUUCACUAAAGAUCACAUCACCUGCUCCCAGCACCUGUACGGCUGCAGGGACAUUGUGCAUUGUUCUGUGAUAUACAGACAAUGUUACAAUGGAUUCUUACAUCUGGUAUUGGAAUCUUGAUCUUGAAUAUGCGGUGGGCUGGACAUGACCAUAUUAUCCACCCCAAAGGCAGUCUAACCAGCCCAAGUGAAAUGGGGGUAAAAAUUUUAGCCAGCAUGGCUUAAAAAUGAACUGGUCAUUAUGUGCCUAAUCUAAAAGUAAAAUACAAAAAAAGGGGUGCUAUCCUUCAACCCCCCAUAAAAUGUAUUUGUCAACAUUCUAAGUCUAAAAAUCUGUGAAGUUCCAGUUAUUAUGGUACAAUUCCUUUUUAUUACAACAUUGUUUAAACAGGAGGACUGUAUAUAAAUGCAAAUUUAGGGGUACUCUCAGGUUGCAAAUAUAAUGCAGUUUUCCAUCUUAUUUCAUGAGUUUCAGUGUUCGUUAUAAAUCAUACAUAAACAGGACUGUGUUGGUAUUUUUUGGAGCUACGUCCUCUGAGAAAACGUAACUUUCUACUAUUUUGUUUUUAUUUCAUUAUGUGAUCAGGCCGUGUGCAGUUAGGUACUGAUUGCCAAAUAGGUUUUGAUACUAUACGGAUGCGUGUUUAUUGCUGGGGAAAAAACAAAAGUACUGAUACGAAGGAAGGGCAUCUAUAUUAAGCUAUCAAAAGGGAUUUCAUAGAAAAAUGUAAAACAGACCACAGUACCGUUGUAUGGUAUUGUAAGAAAAUAAAUCAUACAAAAACCCUGUAUUACAUAGAUAUGAAAUAUUUCAUAAAUAAUUCAUCAACCUGGUUUAGUUUGGCCCCGGGGGGAAAAAAAAAAAAAGGAAAAAAUUGAAAAAAUUUGGAGCAUAAACUCAUUAAAUUAAAUGCCCAUCCAACAACUCAGAAAGAGAACAAAUGUUCCUGUGCCCUUGAAAAUACAAAAUGUCUAACGUGUAUAUGUAUGUGUAUAUGCAGUACAACUACAAAAUAACUAUCACAAUGCUCUGUCAUAAAGGAGCCUUUGCUACCCCAGGGCCAUACAAGAUCUUGUACAAUGUAUAAGGUCUAGUAACUGGGUUUAUGACAAAACCUGUACAGUACUUCCUGGUUGAUUAAGGAAUUGCAGUGAUACAGCAAGCAAAUUAAAUUAAGAAGUGAUUAGUACUUUUUGUUUAAUCUAUUUUUUUUUUGCACAUUUUAAAGUAUUAUUGUUACAUUAAGUUAAACAUUUUGCUCACCUCCAGCCUGGUGUGUCCCGUUAAAUGUUGUACAAGUCAUGGAACCACCCUGUAGAGAAGGUGUAACUACCAUGAAUACCUUUGCAAAAUGCACUUUAAGCAAUAUUCCCCAAAGAGGUGUCAUGGCCUAUGUCCCUGAUGUUCAUACCACAUUUAGCAUUUCUUGGUAUCGUUGGAUAACUCGUUCAACGAAGCGUAAAAGGUUUAUUCACUAUAUAUUAUAUAGCAAACUGUAAGGGAUUAAAACGGAGUUUCAAAUUUUAGUCCUAAACCUGAUUUGAAAACAUAGCUGAUUUGACGGAUUUUGAAAUUCAUAUUUAAAUUCCUAUCAAUUAAAAUUUUCCGAAGAACCCAGAAAGUGAUAGAUUCAUUAGAAGAUUUCACGGGCCAGAACGGUUAGUUGCAAAGUGUAAACCUUUGCAAUAGUCAAGACUAACUCUAAAAUCAUACUAUAUAAAGAAAAAAAAUAUAUAUAUAUGCACAUUUUAUAAAAAGAGAGAGUCAUGACACUGAUAGAAGAUCAUAUGAAAUAUAUGUGCCUUACGGGAGCAAAACCACAGCCCCCAGGCAUAACGAAUGGAGUGCAAUCCAUUUUAACGAAGAAAUGUAUAUUAUACUUAUGUUUAACUUAACAGAAGCACAUCAUAUUAAUGACACCCUGAAUGUCAACUGUGUUGAUAAACAAGGUGUCAUUUAAAGCUAAAUUAGUGUGUAUCACUGUUUGUCUAUUAAACAUCUGAAACGAUUCACAUCAGUCAGGUUGAGAUCGGAGGAACAUGUUUCGGAGCGAGUGCAAAGAUUCCUAUAAUGCUUACAGAAUGAUGCUCAUGAAUGACUGAUCGCAACACAGAAAGGGAAUCUACUGCCUGAGAAGCCAUGCCACAUGAUGAAUGAAUGGUCAAAAAUGUUCACCCGCCCCCCCCUUGUAGUUAAUAUGCCAUGGAAUACAGCUAUAUGGAUGGAAUGUUCUGGAGGUGUUGUAGGAAAAUGUUUCAGUCCUGUGACAAUUUGGACAGAAGUUUAGAUGACAUUUUUGCGGUUGAUUAAUUGCCUGUGCAUGAUUAUGCGUGUAUUGACCUACAUAAUCGAUCCAUACACAGGUCUAUACGUGUCAUUUGACACUAUGUCAGGAGAUGACAUUUGUUGAAUCCAUACACAGCAGGCGCAGUUGGCAAAAUUACCUUUAACCCUUUAAGUGCUAGAGGUGUGCCCAAAAUAUUACAACCUCAAAAGACCAAACCCUUCUACAGAGGACAAAAAAAAAGUCACCAGCAAUCCUGCUGCAUUCUCUGCCCUCCUUAUUUAAUCCCUUGACUGCUUAUAAGGAUGUGGUUUGUCUUCAGGCAGGCAAAGGGUUAAGUGCCAUAGCUUACACCUCCAGCUCCAUUCAGUCUCAGCAUCACAGAACAUUUUAUACUCACCUUUGUAUAUUAUAUAUAUUUGUUUCAUACAAUAAAAAAAAGGAACAACUGUAAUAUUCAGCAGAUAAUAAAGUAUUUGCCUUUUUGUAACAUUA